UUGGUGAUACGAGUAACAGACGUCCGAUUGUUAAUGUCAAUAAGAUGUCAUCGCUUGCUGUUUCGGGAAUCGCUCCAUUUUUGGAUUUUGCCGGUCUAUUGAUGUUCGUUGGGAAAUUCUCUAUUUACUUGGUCAUCGGUGCCACGUUUUAUUUUUCACGUACCACUAAGCAAGACAUCGACGCCAAGCAUAAUUCCGACCUUUCUACACGUGAUACCAUGUUUAAUGAAAUUCUUGCUAAUCGUGAUGCCCGACUUACUACCGAAGUUGCCGAUCGGGAUGCCAGAUUCGUAACUGAACUCACCGAUUACCGUGCCAAAUUUAACGCUGAACUUACCUCGCGUGACGAAAAAUUUACAGCAGAGGUCCAAAGAAUCUUUACAAUGCUUAAUACUUCUACAGCAAUGUGGAAUCAGUUUAAGAUUAUUUUCGAUAGGAUUAUGGCUGAAAGAAGAUGUUCUUUUGAUGAUAUGUGUAAUGUUGUAAUGGUUGAUCUUCUUAAUCUUGGAAAAAUUGGUAAAGAUUCGAUUAAAAAUUAUUAUCGUAAAAUCAAUGAUUUAAGAGGUAGUAACUUAGAUAAAAUAGGUGCUUGGAUCGAUAGCAAAACAGUUACACGUAAUAGUGAGUAG